AUGGUGUGUGGAAUAUUUGCAUCGGUUUCAAAUGGAGAAGAAGGAAGAAGAGCAAGAGUUGAUGUCAAAAUUGAAGCUGAGACUUCCAUAGCCAAAACUGAUGAUAAUUUCAUUUGUGCCACUCUCGAUUGGUGGCCCUCUGACAAAUGUGACUAUGGCCAGUGUCCUUGGGCCAAUUCUGGUCUCAACAAUUUGGAUUUGUCCAAUACUAUACUUCGAAAUGCCAUUAAGGCAUUUGGGGAGAUGAGGAUAAGAGUUGGAGGAUCAUUACAAGACCAAGUUCUGUACAAAGUUGGUAAAUCGGUUAAAGAAUGCUCCGAUUUCAAACGAAACGACGACGGAUUGUUCGGUUUCACUCAAGGUUGUCUCCAAAUGAAGAGAUGGGAUCAACUUCACUCUCUCUUCAACCAAACCGGAGCUAAAGUCACGUUUGGUCUAAACGCUCUGUUCGGGAGGAAGAAGUCGAAAACAGACGAAGGACUCUGGAUUGGAGAUUGGAACGCACAAAACUCAUACGAUCUAAUGAAAUACUCAAUCGAAAAGGGUUACAAGAUCGAUUCAUACGAACUCGGAAACGAGCUUUGUUCCUCUGGAGUAUCAGCGAGAGUGGAAGUGAAACAGUACGCAAAAGACAUGAAGAAGCUCAAGAGAGCGGUGGAGAAGCUAUACCAAGAUGAGAAGACUCAGCCUAAGGUUUUAGGACCAGCUGGUUUCUACGAUGAGAAAUGGUUCAACGAGUUUCUUCUUCACUCUGGUCCUGACGUUGUUGAUGGACUCACUCAUCAUAUCUACAACUUAGGCGCAGGUGUUGACAAGACUCUGAUUGAUAAGAUCCAAGAUCCGUUUUUCUUGAGCCAAGUAGCUCAGACAUAUAAAGAUAUGUCCAACACUAUAGACCGGUUCGGUCCAUGGGCUGGAGCUUGGGUUGGUGAAGCUGGUGGUGCUUAUAACAGUGGUGGGAAAGACGUUUCUCACACGUUUGCUAAUGGAUUCUGGUACAUUGAUCAGCUUGGAAUGACGUCAGUGUAUAACCAUAAAGUGUUUUGUAGACAAGCACUUGUUGGUGGGAACUAUGCUCUUUUAAACACAACUUCUUACAUACCAAACCCUGACUAUUACGGUGCACUCUUAUGGCACCGUCUUAUGGGGUCAAGAGUGCUUCGAGCCAGUCACAAUACAACUCCUUAUCUACGUGUAUACGCUCACUGCGCACGAAAACAUUCAGGAGUCACGCUUGUCGUCAUCAAUUUGUCCAACACCGAGUCUUACGAGAUGUACAUAGAAGAGUAUGCGAGAGUCUCUUUGAGGAAGAGAGAGGAGUAUCACUUGACUCCCAUGGACGGUGAUAUUCAGAGUGACGUCGUUUUGCUUAACGGAAAGGCGUUGCGGUUAACUGAAACUGAAGAUAUUCCGAAGAUGAAACCUAACUUUCCACAACCGUGUUCUGAUCACUCCAGAAGCAACCAUAUAGACGAUUUCUCAAGGGGAUCAAGACACGCGAAGUCUGUAUCUAUGGGACCUGCAGUGGAUCAAUGGAAGGAAACUGAGAUAGGCAAAGCUAAAAAGAAGUACGAGAAGCUAAGUGAGAAGAUUAUGUCAUGGGAAGAUUACAAGAGGAAAAAGGCAAAGAGAAAGCUUCAUAGAACAGAGAGAGGUGUGGAGAGGACAAAGUUGAAGGCGUUGCAGAAGUUCAAGGACGAAAAUGAACGCAUCGAGAUCAUCGUUGCGAGUGCAAGAGCACAUGCAUAUGAGAGUCGAGUGAAAGAAGAGUUGAAGGUUAAGGAGAAAGCAAACCUCAUGAGAACAACUGGAAGGAGUCCCUCUACAUGCCUCUAA